CUCCAAGACUUUAUACAGCAUCGGAUUUUUUGCACGACACACGAUAGCUCGCCAGCCAAUUGAAAUACGGGUGUAUUCAGCUGAUUACUAUUGGCUUGUAAUUCGGAUUUAGUAUUCCGAAUUCAAUUCAGCUUUUACUAUGCCUUCGAAAGCUGCAGAAGGCGGCGCAAAGCGGAAGCGCUCGUCGACAUCGCAACCUGCCAAAAAAGCCAGACGAUCGAGCGAUAGCAGCGAUGCUGCCGACCCAAAUGCCGAGAUUCUCCUGAUGGAGCAGGGGAUUCUUGAAUCGAAGAAGAAUUAUAACAAUAUUGCUGCCCUCCUCAGCAUGGCCCAGGAGCGUACGUCGGACGGCCCCAAGGCAAUGCUGGCGACAGUCGCCCUGUGCAGAAUCUUUAUGAGAUUGCUUGCACAGGGAGCUCUGUCAAAGAACAAGUCUUCAGAGAAGGAGUCUGUUGUUGCAGCUUGGUUGAGAGAACAGCUUUCACAGUACAGAUCGUCGCUCUUGAACUGGCUGGAGGAUGAGGAGAUUGCUGCCACUGCGCUGACUCUCUGCAUGAGACUUCUGAAAGCAGAGGGAGACUCCUUGGCCGAUGAAGCCGAAUAUACAUUUCCCAAGAACUUUCUCCAGCAAAUUGUCAACAAAUUGCUGACAAUAGACAACGAAGAAGUUCAGCAAGCCUUUAUCGAGGAAUACGUCGAGCAGCACGAUGAUAUCCGAUUCUACACUUUUGCAGCUAUCAAGGCAUCAGUAGCAGAGCUCGCUGAGGGCAAGAACCUCGACAGGGUCUUUAAUCACACGUUUACGUUGCUUUCUGCGCUUGAUGGUGUACCAGAGUCUGUGGAUGAGCUCGAGGACUUCUACAUUCAAAAGCCUAAGAAGAAGUCUCAUCCUCUGUUCUCCGUCAUCCAACACAAGCGACAAGGCCAAGAUGCUUGGCUAGCUUUGUUCAACAUUUGUGAAAGCAAGGAUCAGCGAAAGCGUAUCCUGGAUAUUACAUCUACCCAUGUUGCUCCGUGGUUCAACAAGCCUGAGCUGCUCUCCGACUUCCUCACCAACUCCUACAACGCUGGCGGUUCGCUCUCUUUGCUUGCCCUUUCCGGUGUCUUCUACCUCAUUCAGCAGAGAAAUUUGGACUACCCUUCAUUCUACCCGAAGCUCUACUCUCUCCUCAACCGCGAUAUCCUCCACUCCAAACACCGCUCCCGCUUCUUCCGCCUCCUCGACACAUUCCUUGCAUCUACCCAUCUGCCGGCUGCGUUGGUGGCUAGCUUUGUCAAGCGUCUCUCCAGACUGAGUCUCAACGCACCCCCCAGUGCCGUUGCCUUUGUCAUCCCUUGGAUUUACAACCUACUCAAGCGCCACCCAACAUGUACCUUUAUGAUUCAUCGCCAAGUGCGUGAUGAUGAGAUGAAGAAGCACAUCCAAAGCAAUGGUCUUCAAGAUCCCUUCUUGCCCGACGAGGCAGACCCCAUGAAGACUAAGGCUAUCGACAGCUGUAUUUGGGAAUUGGUGCAGAUGCAGUCGCACUAUCACCCCAACGUGGCGACAAUUGCAAAGAUUAUCUCGGAGCAGUUUACAAAGCAGUCAUAUAACAUGGAGGACUUUUUGGACCACUCAUACGCCACUUUGCUGGAUGCAGAAGUGUCAAAGGAGGUACGAAAAGCGCCAGUAAUCGAGUUCCACAUCCCGAAGAAGGUUUUCUUGCCACAAGAAGCUCCCGCUGCCACGCCAGAUAGCCUGAUCGUUCGACUGUGGGAUUUUGGUGGGGAGACUGUCGAGUCGACAUAGAGGCUGCGAAAUCAGCCCAUGCACAUUUUUAUUAUAGAUGCAUAAUUAUUAGCGAACACCCUGUGAAUGAUACUAUAUACAACAUGGCAUUCUAUCACGCGGGUGAAAUGUAUCAUAUAGUGGCGUGAAGCGAUGUGAAUUCCGCAGGUUUGGCUGCACCUAAUGAAUGGGCCUAGACGGAACCCGUGGGCUACCGAAGCGAGCCUGAGACGUCGGGUGACCAUCGCUCGUCUGGCUUAGCGGCAUGGGCUUCUCCCUUGGCACACAUGGCUGAAUCUAGGGAAAGCGGUGAAUUGGACGAUUGUUGAUCUCCCGGUGAGAAAAUCUGUGUAAAAGAAAAUAAAAAUAGUUUCGAAAAAGUGACAGCGGCUGCUGCUAGAGCCGCGCUAUACUUUGACGCUUCACCAGCCGCUUCCGU